GAGUCGCUGUUUGUUUUGCGACCGGUUGCUAAGGCCGGGCUUUGGCGGAGGGAUUUUACGGCCGAGUCGGAAAAUGGCGGAGGGCGCGGACGGGGCGGGCGGCGAACAGCAGGACAAGGCCGAGGGCAUGAAGGCCAAAGCCAACCACUACUUCAAAGAUAAGGAUUACGACAAUGCCAUUAAGUAUUAUACACUGGCCAUUGAGCUGAACUCAGAGAAUGCUAUUUAUUACGGGAACCGCAGCUUGGCAUACUUACGGACUGAAUGUUAUGGCUACGCCUUGUCAGAUGCCACCAAGGCAGUGGAACUGGAUAAGAAAUACAUUAAGGGAUACUACAGAAGGGCCACAGCCAAUAUGGCACUGGGCAAGUUUAAGGCAGCGCUGAAAGACUACGAUACGGUGGUUAAGGUGAAGCCAAAUGAUAAAGAUGCUAAAAUGAAAUACCAAGAAUGUAACAAAAUUGUCAAACAGAAAGCGUUUGAGCGUGCAAUAGCAAAUGAUGAGCUGAAGAGAUCAGUGGUGGACUCUUUAGACAUAGAGAGCAUGACAAUCGAAGAUGAUUAUACUGGCCCCAAACUGGAAGAUGGGAAAGUCACUUUACAGUUCAUGAAAGACCUGAUGCAGUGGUUUAAAGACCAGAAGAAAUUGCACAGGAAAUGUGCAUAUCAGAUUCUGGUCCAGGUGAAAGAAGUGCUGUCGAAACUACCCAGCUUGGUAGAGAUCACACUGGGUGAGAAAGAGUCCAUUACCAUUUGCGGAGACAUUCACGGGCAGUACUAUGACCUGUUGAAUAUAUUUGAACUCAACGGAUUACCUUCAGAAUCUAAUCCUUAUUUAUUUAAUGGAGAUUUUGUAGACCGAGGGUCAUUCUCCGUGGAGGUUAUAUUAGUCCUGUUUGGGUUCAAGCUACUUUUGCCAAACCACUUCCACGUUCUCCGAGGUAACCACGAAACGGACAACAUGAACCAAAUGUACGGUUUUGAGGGUGAGGUGAAAGCCAAAUAUACGUCACAGAUGUUUGAGCUGUUCAGUGAGGUCUUCCAGUGGCUGCCUCUAGCUCAGUGCAUUAACAGUAAAGUAUUGAUUAUGCAUGGUGGACUCUUCAGUGAAGACGGCAUAACCCUCGAAGACAUCAAAAAGAUUGAUCGGAACCGGCAACCUCCAGAUUCAGGUCCAAUGUGUGACUUGCUCUGGUCAGACCCGCAGCCUCAGAAUGGAAGGUCGGUCAGCAAGCGUGGCGUCAGCUGCCAGUUUGGGCCCGACGUCACCACCCGGUUCCUGGAAGAGAAUAAACUGGAUUACAUCAUCAGGAGCCAUGAGGUGAAACCAGAGGGCUACGAGGUUACACACAAUGGCAAAUGUAUCACUGUGUUCUCAGCACCAAACUAUUGUGAUCAAAUGGGAAACCAAGGAGCAUACAUUCACCUCAAAGGUUCUGAUUUAAAACCCAUCUUCCAUCAAUUUAAAACUGUGCCUCACCCGAAUGUUAAGCCGAUGGCGUACGCAAACUCACUACUGCAGAUGGGGAUGAUGUAGCAUACGAGCAUUUGGUUUGGACAGUAUCCCCUCCCAUGGUGGAUGGGGCAUCAGGGUUUAAUUUAAUCUUCCUCACUCGCUCUGCCAUCUCCAAACCAAGUCUCCCGCCUUCCCAGGCCCUCGCUGACUUGGGCUCCAUGAAGUGCAGGGUCCUCGUAGUGCAUAGGAGUGUAAAUCACACACUCAGCCCGGGCAAGCACGUGUGACUCCAGCGCUGUCUCCAUGCGUAUCAACACGCGUGCCCUUGCAAGCAUGGUCUCAGACCAAAUUCUUAAUACCCAGGUCAGUUAGGCUCUGCAGAAUAAAUUUAUUUGAAUUCCUCGCCUACUGUAGUUUCUCUUUCACCCUCCACCCUUCCACAGUUAACCAACCUAGUGAUUGUUCUCAGCCCCUACUUUCAUAAUAGACGCAGGGUGGGGGUAAAGUUGAUGCGUAGUCUCAGAUUCGCUGGUCGAUCCCCCAGAAUCUCCUCUGUCCCCUUCUGAUCCCCCAAAACCAGACCCUCAGCAACCUACCAGUAAAAUUGCAAGGUCCAAGAAUAUAAAUUUAAUUGCAAAGCAGUGCAGGUUUGCAUAGGGGAAAGAAGCUUGUUGGUAGAAGUAGCUUCUCACCUCCGAAUUUUGGGUUGUAACUCCUGCAAGUACCCUUUUCAGCCCUGGGACAUUCAAACUAGCGCCCAUGACCCCCCCACCCCCACCAUUUCCCGACAACACGACCCUCGGAGCCCCCGGCACCCCGAUUUCUCACCUGCGUUCGUAUUUCCUCUGGCUGGUUUGUGCCGUUUGAGUUUCGUGGGCUCGGGGCUGUUCUUGGCCGAGCUGAACCCCAAAAACCAGAACCCGUAACCAUCAGCAACUCGUGAGCGAUCGCAAGUUGACAAGGGGAGCUGCCUGUCCUGGGUCCAGGGCUACACACGCAAGCAGCCAGAGCAAGGCUUAAAACACCUUGGGGCCCACCUGCUCCAGUUAAAUCCUGUGUGCACCAUGUAGAACUUGGUAUUUGAGAAGCCAAAGUGCUCAAUUCAUGAAAGACAGGGGUCGGAGAAAGUUUGUUUCACCCAGUGGUGAACUGUGUUUUAUGGGGGUUGGGGAGUGCGGCAGGGAAAGAAGGAUCUGGGAGAGAACCAGUGCAUUUACCUCCAGAACUGUGACCAACUUAGAAAGAAAGUCUUGCGUUUCUAUAGCGCCUGUCACCACCUCGAGAUGUCCCAAAGCGUUUCGCAGCCACUAAAGUAAAAGUGCCGCCAUUCGUUGUAAUGUAGGAAAUGGCGGCAACCAAUUUGCACACAGCAAGCUCCCACAAAUAGCAAUGAUGUAAGAACAGAAGAAAUAGGAGCAGGAGUAGGCCAUGUGGCCCAUCAAGCCUGCUGUGGCAUUCAGUAAUAUCAUGGCUGAUCUUCCAUCUCAGCUUCACCUUCCCACCCUAUCGCCAUAAAUAUUCAAUCUCAGCCUUGAAUAUACUGCUACCUGGACUGAAUCACCUGUCCCCAGUGAUGGAGAUUAGUGUUUCGGGUAAGCUGGUCACCAGCCCCUAAAUAUGUCCCCUCUGUUCAUUUGACCUGUUGCUGCAGUUUAGCUUUAAGUGGGAGGUCAGCUAUUAUUAUCCUAGAACGUUAUUCUAUCCACUUCUUCCUCUUUCUCCCUCCACCCUCUGUACUACAACCAAACAGACGUCCUUAUGCUUCAUUCAGGGCCCUAAGACCCAAGUUGCCCCUCUGCUAGAAACCUCCUGGCUUUCCCUCCACACGCAUUCCUGCCUGGCUGUGUAGAACUCCUGUAAUUGAAACCUGCCGAGAGUUGUUACAGCCAAGGCCACUUGCGCGUGAUCUCUUAAUCUUCAACACAGGGCCCCAAGUCCAAGUUUGCAGCUGAUACUUCUAGUUCCCGAUAUAUUUCAGUAAGGACUAACCUGGACAUCACAGUUGGUGGCUAAAAUUCACCAAAACAUCUUUGGCAACAGAAUUGUGUCCAGUGGAGCAGACAUUUCACUCCAGCUUAAUGAUCAGUUUCCAUAAUAUCAAGCUUUCCAGAUGAGAUGUUAAACCAAGAUGACCAGACUUGUUCAGAUGAGCAUACAAGAUCUCAUGGAAGGGUCCAAAGGGUUAGGAGUUCUCCUUGGUCAACGUUCAUGCCUCAACCAGUAUCAUUUUUUUAAAAAAAAAACAUUUAACUGGUCGUUUGUUCUGUUGUAGUUUUUGGAAUCUUGCUUUGUGCAAAUUAGCUUGUUGCUUUUGCCCGCCCAGCCAAGACUGCAAUUCAGUGUCAAGGAACACGUCCCAAGGCUGUGAAAGGCACUAUACAAAUGCACGUUAUCUUAACAUGUACACAUCAAGAUCCAUGCAGCUUUACAUUCUCUAGAACAGGCACUGCCAACAAAGGAAGCACUGACAGUGGCUUCUUCAUGGUUCACACUUCAGCACAGUCCCAAUGGCCCUGCUCGUGUGUGCACAGAACCCUCGGGAAGAGUGGCGCCAAAUAAGCAGGGGUCAAAAGGAAGGAGUUUUGUAUAGAUCACAGGUCGUAUACUGGCUGGUGCUGGCAGUUUGUUCUCAUGCAGCCAGGCUAGCCCAGCCUUGGUGUCCUGGAGUGUCCCACACAUCAGUCUCCACCAGUACUGAAGGACAUGUUACAUCCUUUAGGGUUACUCUGCCAUCUGAAACUAGGCAGAGAGAAACACUUUUUUCGCAACACCUUUUGAAAAUGUAGCAAAUUUAGUAGUGACAGAGGCAGGAGGGUGAAGAGUGUUUGGGGGAUCUGACUUCAGCCUCUGUAGGCAGAGGGAGCACACUCAGAUCACAUCGAGCACAGGGCAAUCCCUGAUCUUGGAUAGAACCCUGUUUCAGGGGGUGGGGGGGUGGUUAUUUGUUUAUUCACACGAUAUGUGUGUCACAGCCAAGGCCAGUAUUUAUUGCCCAUCCCUAAUUGCCCUUGAGAAGGUGGUGGUGAGCUACCUUCUUGAACCGCUGCAGUCCAUGUGGUGUAGGUACAUCCACAGUGCUGUUAGGUAGAGGUUUCCAGGAUUUUGACACGCUGGCGAUAAAGAUGUACUCCCAAGUAAGAAUGCUGUGGAACUUGGUGGUUCCCAUGUGCCUGCUGCCCUUGUCCUUCCACAGGGCAGAGGUCACUGAUUUGGGAGGUUGUGUCAAAGAAACCUGUCAUGGAUCAACUGAGUGAAAAUAUCUUCAGUUGACAAUCGGAAAUUUCUCACCCCGUCCCAAGUUAUCUUUGCCAAAAUGCUCCAGUCCUUCCACUGUUUGAUAUUCCUUCUGGAUAUAGCUGAUCUUCCAGAGACAUACCCAUGUUUCAUUGACAUCUAUACAAGGGGUGGGGGGGGAACGACCUACUCCCAUGGGGAAUGUGACAAUCAUUCAGAGCUUCUAGAAAGUCCUAAAACGUUUUUUUUAAAUUACAUGACCAUUUUCCUCCUGAAAUUUUCCACACGCCUGGGGAGCACUUUGGUCGCUAUGAGAGCACAGUUGCAGCCUCUCCGAACGAUGAGGGAGCAAUGGCUGAUGCAGUGUGUGAUGGAUUUCUCUUCAUUUCUCUGCCUCCUCCUCGUUAGCUCGGUAUUUUUUUGGCACUCCCCUCGUGCUAAGGCCAGGUGGUGACCUGCAGGCAAGAGCCGUGUGGACUUUAAAACCUGCCAUCCAUUUGAUUUUGGUUUUGAGUUUGAAUUUAAAUGGUUGGGGGGAGGGGGGGAGACUUGACGACCUGGUGCUCAGUUUAGGCACAAGAGUUUUAUAAUUGUAUGUGUUUGCCAUCAAAAUGUCACUGUCAAAAAAAUUUAUUCAAAUGUUAGAAUUCUGAAUUAUAUUUAAUGACAACGUGUAUUGUGGUGUUUGAAGGCUUGCAACUUCCUGAAGACUGUAUUUGCCAGGAGGCAGCAAUAUGUUGAAUAAAAUAAAGAUUGCAAGAAA